ACUUUCAUUCACAAAUGACGUUAACUUGUUAAAUUUACGAUGAAUUCACAACUAUAAUUCAAAGUGAAAGUAGAGGACUGACCGAGGUAUUCCGAAUAACUGCUAGAUCAUCGCGGGAAAAACGAUGACAGCUUGUUAUAUUGGCGUUGAUGUUGGAACUAAAAGUGUUAGAGCUGCAGUCGUUAAUCGGAAUGGAAGGGUUGUUGCUAAGGCAACCAAAGAUAUUCGUAUUUGGAACCCCGAUGAAGAUUUUUAUGUCCAGUCAUCAGAGAACAUAUGGGAAGCAGUGAUUCAUGCUGUUAAGGCAGUGAUAGAAAAGUCAGGUGUUGAAAAGGACUAUAUCCAUGGAAUUGGCUUUGAUGCAACAUGCUCAUUAGUUGUCCUUGAUGCUGAUGGAAAGCCAGUAUCAGUUUCUCAUGGUUCUUCUCAUGAGGAAUGUAAUAUUGUAAUGUGGAUGGAUCACAGAGCGUCAGAGGAAGCUAUAUUUAUAAACUCGACCAACCAUGAAGCCCUGAAAUGCAUGGGGGGUCAAAUGUCGCUGGAGAUGCAGCCUCCAAAACUUUUGUGGUUGAAGAAGAAUUUGCCUGACACCUGGAAUAAGGCCGGCCAUUUCUUUGAUUUGCCGGACUUUCUCACUUGGAAAGCAACAGGAGACACAUCAAGAUCCUUGUGUUCUUUGGUUUGUAAGUGGUCUUAUCAAGCAGACAGUUUGGGAACUAGAGAGUGGAACCAGGAUUUCUACAAGACCAUAGGACUUGAGGAUUUGCUGAGUAACAAUGCUACAAAAAUUGGAAAGAACAUCCAGUCUCCAGGGGCCCCAUGUGGGAGUGGCCUGUGUGACUCUGUAGCCAUGGCAAUGGGUCUUAAUGCAGGGACUCCAGUGGGAACAUCCAUUGUUGAUGCACAUGCUGGUGUUAUAGGAUCUGUAGGUUGUGUUCCAAAGGCCACCACAGAGGACAAACCAUUUCCUUUACCAGAUCUAACAUCCAGAUUAGUUCUUAUCUGUGGAACAUCUAAUUGUCACAUGAUCAUAAGCAGGAAUCCCCAUUUUGUGCCUGGUGUUUGGGGUCCAUACUAUUCUGCUAUUCUUCCAGGUCUCUACAAUGCAGAGGGAGGGCAGAGUGCUGGGGGUAAACUGAUAGAUGAAAUAAUUGAGUCUCACCCAGCCUACAUCGAGGCCAUGAAAGAUGCAGAGGCACUCAGUAAACAAAGAGGCAAACCAGUUCAUAUCCAUGAUUAUUUGAAUGAUUGGCUGAACACCUACAAAACGAGAGACAACUUGCCAUUUGUUAGUUACUUGACCAAGGAUUUCCAUCUGUAUCCAGAUUUCUAUGGAAAUAGGUCACCAUUAGCUGACCCAACUCUUAAAGGAAUGAAAUGUGGAUUGACCUUCUCGGUAAACUUAAAGGAUCUUGCCACACAAUACUUGGCUUCCAUACAGGCACUAGCAUAUGGGACUAGGCACAUCAUUGAUGAAAUGAAAAAGGCUGGACAUUCAGUAGAAAUUAUCUACAUGUGUGGAGGUCUUAGCAAAAAUUCCCUGUAUGUGGAAACCCAUGCCAAUGUUUUAGGUUUACCUGUGGUUCUGCCGUUAGAGGAGGAGUCGGUGCUUGUAGGGUCAGCAGUACUGGGAGCCAGUGCCUCCAAGGACUUCAGUACCAUACAGGAUGCCAUGCUGAGUAUGUGUGGAGAAGGAACAGUUACAGAGCCAUCCAAGUCAGAGGCUGAGUUCCAUGAUAAAAAGUAUCAGGUGUUCAGAAAAAUGGUGGAAGACCAGAAACAGUACAGAGCAAUAAUGAAUGGUUGAAAUUGGCAUCAAAAUGACGUUGUUUACUGAUAGUACAGGGCAUUUAUUUUUUGUUUAAUUACAACUCUAAUGCAUUUAACCACAGGAGGUGCAAAUCAAUUAUUAUGGGAAACUAGUUAUUGUAGAUUUACAUAAAAAUUGGGCAUAGACGUUGGAACCUGGGGGGGGGCUUAGCCACCC